UCUUAAAAGUCUUAUAUUGUCUACCAAAUUGGAAAGGAAAAAAAAUGGUAACAUUGACACAGACAGAUCACAGAUACACCAAACGUAACACGGCGUCGUCUCCUUCGUCUCUAUCUAAUUAAUAAGAAGACCUUUCCUUAUAGAAAAUUCAGAGAAGACGACUCACACAAGUCAUCACAACAACAACCUCUUGAAUUACAACUUGUAACCAGAACACUCGCCGGAGCCACCACCAACCAUGUGCGACGGAGACUGCCGCCCUCUAGGUUUCCUCUUAGGUCUCCCUUUCGCCUUCCUCUCUCUCCUUCUCUCCAUCGUCGGUGUCGUCAUCUGGAUCGUCGGAUUGUUGUUGUCAUGCAUAUGUCCUUGCUGCUUAUGUGUGACUGUACUUGUGGAGAUCGCAAUUGGGUUGAUUAAAGCUCCGAUUCAUGUCAUGGAGUGGUUCAUGUCCAAGAUCCCUUGCUGAGUUUGAUUUCUUCCAAUGUAUAUAACUUCUUCUCUACUUACAAAUUCUUAGUAUUGGAUUUGCUUCUUUUUUUUUUAUGUUCUUGUGAAAAGAAAAAGGAAAAAAAAACUGAGAUUUGCUGAUUCAGAUUUGUGUGCAAUAAAUUACCAAUCAUUUGUUCUUC